CGACCGUGACCGGCUCCCCAUCUCCUCCGUGGGCGCAGCAGAGGUGCGCCAGGUGUGGAUCGAGGGAAGGGCGCUUGCGGCCGGGUAGCGGAGAGCUCGGAGCUUCGCCGUGAAUGGAAGGACUACCCAGGGCAAGGAAGAGUAGCUGAAGGCAGGGGUGGUCCAGGAAAGGUUCUGCUCAAGAGACUGCAUUUCGAAUCCUUAAUGGACUGGGCCUGGAAACGAAGUCGAUAGCCGCCAUGGGGCAGAGUGAAUCGGAGCCGCAGGAGGAGCCGGAGGAUGUGCCCCUGACAGCUGUUCUUUCCAACGUGAAGCUCUUUGUGGAAGAUCAGCUCCAGACCAGCAUGGUGCUGGGUGUGGUGAUGGGAGUCGGGCUGUCCGUGCUGCUUGUCACUGCUUUGAUCCUGGUGUUGAUUCGCCGGUUCCGCCUCCAGAAGGUCCAGGCCCAGGAGCAACCCAAGUAUCGAUUUCGCAAGCGGGACAAAGUGUUGUUCUACGGGCGGAAGAUCAUGCGCAAGGUUUCUCAAUCCACAUCCUCCCUUGUCGACACCACCAUCUCUGCUUCCCGGCCACGCAUGAAGAAGAAGCUCAAGAUGCUAAAUAUUGCCAAAAAGAUCCUGCGGAUCAAGAAAGAGCUGCCGACCCUCCAGCUGAAGGAGCCGCCCCCCUCGGUCCUAGAGGCCGAUCUCACAGAGUUUGAUGUGGCCAACUCCCACCUCCCUUCAGAGGUGCUCUACAUGCUGAAGAAUGUGCGGGUGCUGGGCCACUUUGAGAAGCCCUUGUUCCUGGAGCUGUGCAAGCACAUGACCUUCCAACAGCAUCAGCAAGGCGAAUACGUCUUCCGCCCAGGCCAGCCUGACACCAGCAUCUACGUGGUCCAGGAUGGGAAACUGGAGCUCUUCCUGUCUGAACAGGACGGGAAAGAGACCCUCGUGAAGGAGGUGUUCCCGGGAGACAGCGUGCACAGUCUUCUCAGCAUCCUGGAUGUCAUCACGGGUCACCAGCGGCCAUACCGGACAGUGUCUGCCCGCGUGGCUGAGGACUCCACGGUGCUGCGCCUGCCAGUGGAGGCCUUCUCUGCCGUCUUUGAGAAGUACCCCGAGAGCCUUGUCCGUGUGGUGCAGAUCAUCAUGGUGCGACUGCAGAGAGUCACCUUCUUGGCCCUGCACAACUACCUUGGCCUGACCAACGAACUUUUCAGCCACGAGAUGCAGCCCCUGCGCCUUUUCCCCCAGUCGAGCCACCCCUCCCGCGCCAGCCCCGUCCGCCACAGCAAGCGCGUCAUCAGCGCCUCCUCCGUCGAGGACGCCAAGGAUAGUGCCGGAAGGCAGCCGGAGGCUUCGACGAGGGACCAGGGUGACCCGCUGAAGCCAGGUGUGCUGGAGCCGCCCACUGCCCCGCUGUUGAGCCGCUGCAUCUCCAUGCCGGUGGACAUCUCAGGCAUCCAGAAGGGCCCCCGGUCGGAUUUCGACAUGGCCUACGAACGGGGCCGCAUCUCAGUGUCCCUUCAGGAAGACAGCUCUGCCUCGUUAGACGGCUUCGCCCGGUCCACCUCCCACGAGCCCCGGGAGCGGAAGUCUGUGACGGUGGAGGAGCAGCCGCCUGGGAUCUACCACUACAACUACUGCGAGGAUGACUCCGCCACCGGCAACUGCCCUUUCGGGCCGUACCAAGGCCGCCAGACGAGCGCCAUCUUCGAGGCUGCCAAGCGGGAGCUGGUCAAGCUCAUGAAGAUCGAGGAUCCCUCCUUGCUGAACAACCGGGUGUUGCUCCACCAUGCGAAGGCUGGGACAGUGAUAGCCCGUCAAGGAGAUCAGGACGCCAGCCUGCACUUUGUGCUGUGGGGCUGCCUGCACGUUUACCAGCGGAUGAUCGACAAGGCCGAAGACGUCUGCCUCUUCCUGACGCAGCCCGGCGAGAUGGUGGGCCAACUGGCCGUGCUCACUGGCGAGCCGCUCAUCUUCACCAUCAAGGCCAACCGGGACUGCACUUUCCUCAAGAUCUCCAAGUCGGACUUUUACGAGAUUAUGCGAGAACAGCCGAGCGUGGUGCUGAGCGUCGCUCAUACCGUGGCAGCCCGAAUGUCUCCCUUUGUGCGUCAGAUGGACUUUGCUAUUGACUGGAUGGCCGUGGAGGCUGGACGGGCCCUUUAUAGGCAGGGUGACAAGUCGGACUGCACCUACAUUGUGCUGAACGGGCGGCUGCGCUCCGUGAUCCAGAAGGGCAACGGGAAGAAGGAGCUGGUUGGGGAGUACGGACGCGGGGACCUCAUUGGAGUGGUAGAAGCCCUGACCCGCCAAGCCAGGGCCACCACGGUCCAUGCGGUGAGGGACACAGAACUGGCCAAGCUCCCAGAAGGGACCCUCAACAACAUUAAGCGGCGUUAUCCUCAGGUUGUCACCCGUCUGAUCCAUCUACUGAGUCAGAAGAUCCUGGGGAACUUGCAGCAGCUGCGUGGCCCUUUCCCAGGUUCCGGCCUUGGCAUGGCCCCCAGCUCGGAGCUGACCAACCCCGCGAGUAACCUCUCCACGGUGGCAGUCCUUCCGGUGUGUGACGACGUGCCCAUGGCGGCCUUCACCCUGGAGCUCAAGCACGCCCUGAACGCCAUUGGCCCCACCCUGUUGCUCACCAGUGACAUCAUCCGGGCUCGUCUCGGGGCCUCAGCGUUGGACAGCAUCCAUGAAUAUCGCCUGUCUGGUUGGCUGGCGCAGCAAGAGGACAUCCACCGCAUUGUGCUGUACCAGACGGAUUACACCUUGACGCCCUGGACCGUGCGCUGCAUCCGCCAAGCUGACUGCAUUCUCAUUGUGGGCCUGGGGGACCAGGAGCCCACGCUGGGCGAGCUAGAGCAGAUGCUGGAGAACACGGCCGUGCGAGCCCUGAAACAACUCAUCCUCCUGCACCGUGAGGACGGUCCCAGUCCUGCCCGCACCGUAGAGUGGCUCAACAUGCGCAGCUGGUGCUCAGGACAUCUGCACAUCAAGUGUCGGCGUAGGGUCUUCUCCCGGCGCAGUCCCAACAAGCUGAGAGAGAUGUACGAGAAAGUCUUUGAGAAGGAUGCCGAUCGCCACAGCGACUUCUCCCGCCUGGCGCGAGUUCUCACCGGCAACACCAUUGCCUUGGUUCUGGGUGGUGGCGGGGCCAGGGGCUGCUCUCACAUCGGCGUGAUCAAAGCCAUGGAGGAAGCUGGCCUCCCUAUCGACCUGAUUGGGGGCACCUCCAUUGGCUCCUUCAUUGGGGCCCUCCAUGCCGAGGAGAGGAGCGCCGUGCGCACGAAGCAGCGAGCCCGAGAGUGGGCCAAAAGCAUGAAUUCGGUGUUUGCAACAGUGCUGGACCUCACCUACCCCAUCACCUCCAUGUUCUCUGGGUCUGCCUUCAACACCAGCAUUCAGAAGGUGUUCCAAGACAAGCAGAUUGAGGAUCUGUGGCUCCCCUACUUCAAUGUGACAACGGACAUCACAGCCUCUGCCAUGCGAGUCCACCAGGAUGGCAGCGUGUGGCGCUACGUCCGGGCCAGUGCAUCUUACACCCCCUAUUUGCCUCCCAUCUGCGACCCCAAGGACAGUCACUUGCUUGUGGAUGGCUGCUAUGUUAACAAUGUCCCAGGCUCGCUGUGGCGGUACGUGCGAGCUAGCAUGACCCUUUCCGGGUACCUACCGCCACUCUGCGACCCCAAGGACGGCAAUUUACUGAUGGACGGCGGCUACAUCAACAACCUUCCAGCCGACAUUGCUCGCAACAUGGGUGCUAAGACGGUCAUUGCCAUAGAUGUGGGCAGCCAAGACGAAACCGACCUUUGCAACUACGGGGACAGCCUGUCCGGCUGGUGGUUGCUCUGGAAACGUCUCAACCCCUGGGCCCAGAAGGUUAAGGUGCCUGACAUGGCGGAGAUCCAGUCCCGCCUGGCCUACGUCUCCUGCGUGCGGCAGCUGGAGGUGGUGAAGAGCAGCUCGUACUGUGAGUACAUUCGCCCUCCCAUCGACCGCUUCAAAACCAUGGACUUUGGCAAGUUCGACGAAAUCUAUGAUGUAGGGUACCAGCAUGGAAAAGUGGUGUUUGAUGGUUGGAGUCGCGGUGACAUCAUUGAAAAAAUGGUUAAGGACCGGCACUCGGCAGACUUCUACGAGAGCAAACGCAUGGACGUGCUGAUGUGUCCCAGCGCAGGGUUCACAGACUUGGCAGAGAUCGUGUCUCGUAUUGAGCCGGCCAAAAGCUACCUCUCAGACAGCUAUGCAGACGGAGAAGAGUCGGACUACCUGACUGAGUAUGAGGAGGACGGGAUGGAUGCCGUCCGGGAGGAGGAAGGGCAGGAGCUGCUGUUUGCCCCAGCAGAGCAGAACGGUGUCUUUGAAACAGAUGAGGAGAAGAACCUGCGGCAUCGCCGAGGGACCCCACAGGAGCCCCCCGUCCCCCUGGCCACUCCCAGCCCCUGAGAUGGCGCUGUCACUGAGCCUCUGGAACCAAAUCUCGCACCUACCAUACGAGGUGCGCUGUGGUGGUGCUGGUGGGGGGCUGAUGGAGCCCUCCUCCCCCCCCCCCAAAAAAAACCCACGUACUUUUAAUCUUUUACUGUCUGGAUGGCACAGUGGUGAACCUCCAGGCGCUUGGAGCACCCUUUUAACUCCCCCUGCAAUGGCAGAAGACGACCCGCUGGAACUCUCCUUACCGGCAUGAAGUGCAGACUGUGGCAAACUGAACCCAGCACAGUGUGACCCGGCCAGGCUCCGCCCAGCUGCUGCUGUGGAAGAAGUUGGGGUGCGGCCAGCCCGCUUGCGGUCCUCGUGCUUUCAGGUCUGGAACUGCAACCGCUGGCUCGAGGGAUGGGCAGGAGCCGGGGUGUGUGUGUGUGUGUGUAGGGGAAGGCCCUCAGUCCUUAGGAGCCUCCUUGGCCUCCCUCUUGCUGCUACUUGAAACAGCCCUGAAGUGCAGAGGAAGGAGGGAUCUGCACUUGACUGACGCUGCACCCUCCGUUAGGGAAAGGAGGCAAGGAGAAGUUGCUGAUUGCCCUUUGAGCUGGCAGAGCGCCAGGUGGAGUCAGUUUGGAAGCCAUCACCUCCCCAUCUCUGAGGGUCCCACGGCACAGGCCCCAUGGGUGGGAAUCCCCCCCCCCCCCGCCCGCGUCCACCAGCUCCUCCCUGCUCUUCUCUGAACUUCUCCCCUCUAAGCAUGAGCGGUUCUGUGAGCACCACCACUGGACAGGAAGCAGAAGCUGACGUUGUUCCUGUGUCGACUAACUUAUUCCUGCUUAGAGCUGAAGCCCGGCUUCUCGUGGCUUUUAUGGCCCUUGGCCAGCCAGAGGGUUCAGGCCGUGGGCCGCAUUGACUGUUUUCUGUUGUUGUUGUUGUGUUUAUUUUUAAAGAAACAAAACAAGGGGAAAUAC